UGUACAUGGAAUGAAGAGAAUGAUAGUUCUGUGAAGGAAAACCUAACUUGUUCUUCAAUUCCAUGUCUCACUUUCACAUACCCAAUCAAAACUAUCUCAAACUUUCACAGAUAGAUUGAUUGAUAAAGAGAGAUAAUCUUAGAGUGUUUGUCCCAAACAAAGCCAAGGGUUUGAAUGAUCUUCAACAUAUAUAGUGAGAUUUUUUUGUGUGUGUUUUGGUUGUGAUUCUGGAGAUGGGUUUGAGUACAAAACAGGUUUCAGGAGAUGGGUUUGAUUGGGGACAUAGCCUUUUACAGUCUGAUAAUUCUUUAGAGCUUGUGCCUAAACCUCCUCCUCCUCCUCCUCCGGCCACCGCGGCGGGGCGGCAACCACCGCAACAACCACCACCAGAGCCAUUACCAUGUCCAAGAUGUGGCUCUAGCAACACAAAGUUUUGCUAUUACAACAAUUACAACAAGUCUCAGCCUCGCCAUUUUUGCAAAGCUUGUAAGAGGCACUGGACUAAAGGUGGAACUCUACGGAAUGUUCCGGUUGGCGGUGGCCGCAAAAACAAGCGGCUCAAAACUGCCACUGCCACCGCCACCGCUAGCGGCACCACCACCACUAGUAGGAGUAAUAAUUCCCACAUGGGAAUUCAUCAAAAGAACAUAUCUGAAUUUCUUUACCAGGGUUUGACACAUGAGUACUCCAUGAAUGAUGACUUUUUGAGCUCUUUUGAGAGCAACCCAUCUUCAAUCUCAGCCUCUUUUCGGUGUUCGGAUGCUUAUGACUACACUGGAGGGUUGGAUUUUGCUAUCACCACCGCCACCACCUCUGCCCCCGCUACCAGCAGUGGUUCUCAGCCAUGGCAAGUUGUUCCAACCACCACACGUGGUGGUGGUGAUGGUGGUGUUAUGGACACGUCAAACUACUGGAAUUGGGAUGAUUUUGAAUCAUUGGUUUCAUCAACUGAGAUCAAUAUACCUUGGGAAGAUGAUGAUACUAAGAUUAAACCCUAAAGAGAAUUAUUUAUUAGUAUCAGGGUGUAUAGAUAGAGAGAUUAGUUGUGUGAAUUGGUGUCUUUUCUUUGGUGGGUUGUCCCCUUUAUUUUAUUUUAUUUUAUUUUUUUUGAGUUUUUUUUUUCUUAGGUGUUGAAUUCUGAUAUAUCCCAUAGAAUAAUGUUAGAGGUUGCAAAAAUUUUAUUAAAUUUUUUAUCAAAUAUUUUAUAUGAGUAUAAAAUUCAUAUGAAAGUCAAUAUAAAUUUCAUACUCAUAUGAAAUAUUUGAUAAAAAAUUUAAUAGAACUUUUAAAAUUUUUAACAUUUUUAUAUCCAAUAUAUGUAUCUAUGUCUUUCACAUGUAAUUGUAACUAUUAUAGUGAGAGAUGUGUACUGUUUGAAGCUGCCCCUUUUAGUUUCGGCUUCAAACCUAUGGUGUUCAUUUA